GUAACAGCGACAAACGCGUUUCAUAAGAUUCCCCACUAGAAUCAUCCUGGAUGUAAAACGACCCAUCAAGGUUCUGUAUUUUCUUGUGUACCCUUCAUCACAAAGACAAAGUCAAUGGAUGUCCAGUGAAUAAAUGGACCCACAGGACAAACCUGGGAUGCCUUUGUGUGUCAGUUUGACAGUUUGUCUGAACUCCUGCAUUGUGCUGAUAACAAAACUCUGAAAAUCCAGCAAUGUUGGCUCGGAAAGGUCUGGUGCCUGAAGGAUUUCUUUUGACACGACUGGCUGAAGAUGCCACCCAGCCUAACCGUUUCCGUACAAAAUCACAGCGUGCUCGCUUUAUCACCAAGAGCGGAUCAUGCAACGUUGCUCACAAGAAUAUACGGGAACAGGGUCGGUUUCUUCAGGAUGUUUUCACCACCAUGGUGGACCUUAAAUGGCAGCACUCGCUCCUUAUCUUUACCUCAGCAUUCCUCUGCUCAUGGAUGCUCUUUGCUAUGAUGUGGUGGCUCCUGGCCUUUGCUCAUGGUGAUCUGGAGCCUCGAGAUCCCAAUGAGCCUGGGCCUGUUCCUUGUGUCACUGCCAUCCACUCCUUCACAUCAGCAUUUCUCUUCUCCAUCGAGGUGCAGGUAACCAUUGGUUUUGGUGGGAGGAUGGUCACAGAAGAGUGUCCACUGGCCAUUGUAGUUCUGAUUAUCCAGAACAUUUUGGGCCUCAUCAUCAACGCUGUCAUGCUGGGCUGCGUGUUCAUGAAAACAGCUCAGGCCAAUCGUCGAGCAGAGACGCUCAUCUUCUCCCGUAACGCUGUAAUCGCGCCUCGCAAUGGCAAACCCACGCUCAUGUUUCGUGUUGGAGACCUAAGGAAGAGUAUGAUUAUAUCAGCUACCAUUCAGAUGCAGGUCAUUCGCAGGACGGUGACAGCAGAAGGAGAGGUGAUUCCAGUCUGCCAACUUGACAUCCAAGUAGAAAACCCACUCAGGAGCAACGGUAUCUUCCUCGUCUCUCCCCUCAUCAUCAGUCACACCAUAGACAGAGGAAGCCCCCUGUAUGAGCUUUCAGCCCAGUCGCUGGCCACUGAGGAUCUGGAGAUCAUAGUUAUACUAGAAGGUGUUGUGGAGACCACUGGCAUCACCAUGCAGGCACGCACGUCCUACACACCGGACGAGAUUCUCUGGGGACGCCGCUUCGUCUCCAUCAUGACCGAAGAGGACGGACGCUACUCCGUGGACUACUCUAAAUUCGGUAACACAGUGCCCGUGAGGAUGCCUGCCCUCAGCGCUAAGGAGCUGGACCAGACGAGAGGGGUGCAGGACAACGGCCCUCACGAGGGUAAGCCUCAGGGCUGGGGACUGGUUCGGGCAGGACGAGGUGGCUACAGGAGGAGCGCAGGCCGGGCCUGCGAGGAUCACCCAUCCCGACCAUGGUACGCUCCAGCAGAGAAAGACGAGCAGGAGAAAAGUAAAGAGAAGAACGGGCAGAAGAAGAUGGUGAAAUUAGAGGAAAUAGGGAGAGAGAUGGAGGAGGAGCACAUGGAGGAUAUGAGUGAUUAAUUAUAUAAUACACAUUAUUUAUAAAGCAUGGAUGUACAGAUUGGAUGGUAGAAAGCUUUUAAUGAUCCGCUUUUAUUGAUUUGGGAAGCAUGGACAGCAAGGCAGGUGCUUUUUUAAUUAAUUGUAAUUUUUAUUUUCUCUUUACACUACUGGAUGUUUGGAUUUUAUACAAGCAGAUGUUGUUGGUGUGAUUUUUAAUUCCACCCUUUUUUCAUUUUUUUUAAGUUGCUCUGUCUUUGUGCUGUCAUUGUGUAGUCGUAUCUGCCAUCAGUGUUCCUUUGCCCAAUUUUAUGAAUCAAUAUUAUUAGCUGUUUUAGAAAAUCACUUUAUUUUUUAUUUUUUUGUAGUCUGUGUGUUGUGUUAUUAUUGUGUAUGUGUGCAGUUGUAAGCCAGUCCCUCAACAUUCAACACUUGGUUUUUAUUACUACUGAUUACUGUAUAAAUAUC